UAUAUGUUCCCGCCAAAACAUUCCAGUGAGGAAAAAGAAAAAGAAGGAAAGAAAAUCUCCUAGAGAGAAUUGAUUGAUUAACCAUCAAAUAAUCCAGUUGAAUCCAUUUAAUGUUCAAGCUGAUUCCCAAUCUCUCCUAUGGAUUAUCACAGAAUUAAGAACGAUCACACCGGUGGGACUUGCGACGAGUGUUUGCUUGAGAGAAAAAGUGCAUGUUCGUGGGGUGCCUGGUAUAAUGGGGACAUUUUAGACCCACUUGUAUAUAUAAGAGCUUUGAAGAAAAAGGAAAAUGGAAGUCGUGGACAAAUCAUGAUGCGCAAUGUUAAAAGUCCUCCAUAUGCUCAUAGUUCUGGGGCUCCAAGAGCGUCUUUGCUAGAACCACCUUGUGGAACAGAUGACAAGGACAUUAAUUUUCAAAUCCACAGCAUGGAAAAAGAGGCAUACUCUUCUGUUUUGAGGGCUUUCAAUGCCCAAUCUGAUCUCCUUUCCUGGGGUAAGGAGUGGCUCAUUACAGAGCUGCGGAAGGAACUUAAUGUCACAGAUACUGAACAUGGUCAACUGCUUGUUAAAAUUAAUUCUGAUGAGUCAAUAAAAAGGAUAAGGGAAUGGCAGAAACAUGCACACAAAUCACUCUCUGCUAAAUUGGAUAAUUCUGGUCCUAUUGAUUCAGUGGAUGAUACUCCCCAAGAAAAGAGGCCUUUGAAAUCUCAGAAAUAUGUGCUAUAUCAUCAACCUUCUUUGGCAAGGAUACCCUUGUUGGCCCAAACACACUACAAGGACAAUCAACAACGGGAUGAAUUAGCUGUGCUUUCCUCUGUACAGUCUAUGAAGGUGGUUGAUCACAAUUUUUCAGGACCACUUAGCAACAAGGGAGGACCAGCACAAUCUCAUUCGAAGACAGGUUUUCAUGUGGCUGGUUCCAGCAAAUUCAAGAAUCAUUCUCAGUUCAUUAAGAUUCGUGCAACAGAUGAAAUUAUUCUAGAGGUUGAGAGGAUGGCCUAUGGUAGAGAAGACCCCGACCCUGUUCAACUUGAGAAGGCAAAACUGAUUUUGAGAGAUCAUGAAAAAGCUAUCCUUGGGGCGCUUGAUAAACUUGCUGAUGUGGGUGAUUCUUCCAAUCAACUGCACUAGUCCUAUGAGGAGCUUCACGGAAACAAACACAAUGUUGGCGAGUGGUGACUUCCCUAGGCACGUAGUAGAUUGCGUGCAUGGCUACCCUAGUGAAGGCUUUUAUUUUGCAAUAGUGGCAUCAACAUGCAAGCUAAGCUAAUGAGGAGACACUAUGAUUGAGGCUAGUUAUUCAAAAUUAUUAACCAUAUAUGAAGUCAUGUAGAUCUUCAGCCUGAUAACAGAUACAGUAGAAAACAAAUCUAGGCAUAGAAAUUGUAGAUAUUGCACUUUUCUCUUCAUUCCUCCGUUGAGUAAUGCUCUUUGUUUCUUUUCUUAUGUCAACGGUUCUUAAAUUCUGACAGGCAUGCAUUACUUAGUUUCAAUUCAAAUAUGGUGUAUUGAGGCCUAAGGAUGCAGGAAUCGUGAUUGAGCAUUGUCUAGUGUGUGUACGAGACUUUAGAUUCAAUACAUUGUGGGGCCUGGGCUUGUCAUUGUUUCUAUCA